CAUUUUCAUCUUGUACAAGCCUUUUCCUGUAUACUUGUUUUGUGAUCUUGUUUAACUAUAUCUCGACAGGUUGAUAAUGAAUAUGACACCUGUAGCUAUCGUCACGGGAAGUGCGAAACGAAUUGGAAAGGCAAUCGCACUUCGUCUACAUGACGACAACUUUAACGUAUGUCUGCACUACAGCAACUCUCGUAAGGCAUGUGAGGAACUUGCGAACACACUCAACUCACGACGGCCAGGCAGCGCCGCGACAUUUCAGGCUGAUUUUAGUGGUGGAAUUAACUCUCUUGGUGAGGUGAGCCUUCCUAAACGCUGCGCCCAACUAAUUGAUUUUUGUUACUCCACUUUUGGACGAUGUGAUGUGCUGGUGAAUAACGCUUCUGCAUAUUACCCAACACCUCUCCUAUGCAACUCUCCCUCGGUUCGCGGAAAUGACAUCUUUGAAACAGAUCGAAUGGAGAAGGACAUCUUGGAUAUCUUCGGCUCCAACGCACUCGCCCCCUUGUGCUUGAUCCGUUGCUUUUCUCGAAAGGUGCAAUCCCUAGAGGACGAUCUGAAGUCCGAUUCACCAGCGCAAAGAUGUGUAGUGAAUCUUUUGGACUCCAUGAUAAACAUCCCUUUGGAAGGCUUUUGUCUCUACACCAUGGGGAAGUUUGCAAUCGAGGGACUCACAAAGGCGUCUGCAUUAGAACUUUCCAAGCUAAACAUUCGAGUCAAUGGGGUUGCUCCAGGCUUGUGUGUGAUGCCACCGGCGUUGUCUGAGGAAGAGCAAGAUGUGGAGCGCCGCAAAGUGCCACUCGGUCAACGAGAGGCCUCCGCGGAAGACAUCGCUGCUGCUGUGUCCUUUAUGGUUUCCCCAGAAUCAAAGUAUAUCACUGGAUCUGUCCUUAAUGUUGAUGGUGGAAUCAGUCUUAAGCGGGCCUGAUUUAUCGUUUAUUAGAAUAUAAAAUUUAAAUAUUUUCCCUUAUGUAUUCUAAGAUGGGUAAAUUUCAGCACGGCGUAAAUUAUGCUCUUUAUUGCGGGAAGAUCCUGUUCAGACCAGAAUCGCUUUACUUCGA